UCUUCUGGGCGAUUCAGAUGGUUCGCCCUGUCAUUGUUUGUAUGAUUGAUGAUGACAAAUGGUGUUGCUGUGUUUGUUUGUUUGUUUCAGGGAAUUAUUACAAUCAAGGGGAGAUUCGUAAGAAAGAACUGGAACAGAGUUGUUUUCUUCUGGGGAUUCCUCCUUCCGGUGUAACAGUCAUUGAUCACAGGGAUCUUCCAGAUAAUCCCGCUGUUGAAUGGGACACACAGCUCCUCGCUGCCUUUGUGCUAAAGCAUGUAGAAGCCAAUAACAUCAACCUGGUGGUAACCUUUGAUGCGGGAGGAGUAAGUGGCCAUGCUAACCACAUUUCUCUUUACACUGCUUUAAGGUACCUGCUUUCGGAGCAGAAGUUACCUGACG